UCACAGAGAAGCAAGAAGGAAGAAGUAAGCCUUUGUCUGAACUUCUGUAUGCAUCAGAAUUGCAAAUGUCCUAUACGUCAGAGCAAGUCCUGUGGCCAAGCCCAGGGUCAGUACAAGGGGCCACAAAACAUAUGGAUUCAGGAAGCAGGAAGACACAGACUGUUCAUGUGGCUUUCAUGGAGUUGUAUUUCACUCGGUUCCAUGUGCUUGAAGGAUAUAUUGUCCCAUACCAUAGUUCACUUAACAGGUCCACUGUCAAGGAGCCUACAGGUUGUUUUCUAUCUUAUGGUAUUAUCAGUAGGACCAUGUGGAAUAAACAUCCCUGUCUGUACAUCUUUGUGCUCAAGAGUGCAUAUAUCCAUGGGAUAAGUUCCUAAAACCAGCAUUUCUGGGUGAGAUGUUACAGGUGUAUAAAUUGCUCAUUGUUCCUUGGAGACACUCAUGCUGAUUUUUACCCCUACCAACAUGAUAGGCUACUGUCUGUUUUGCAGUCAGCAUUCUUUGAGGACGGGGGAUUACAAGUACUGCAAAUGCUGAGUUGCCUGUGACCUACAAGAAUCUACUCAGAGAUCUGGUUAGGAUUCCAGUUUGGCCACUAUGACAUGGCAGAACUGCUCCUUGGGGAGUCGAAGCUGGAGCAGUACCUGAAGGAGCACCCCUUGAGGCAGGGGGCCAGUCCCCGAGGCCCCAGGCCCCAGCUGACUGAGGUCCGCAAGCAUCUGACUGCCGCCCUGGACCGAGGGAACCUUAAGUCAGAAUUCCUACAAGAAUCCAGUCUGAUCAUGGCCAAGUUGAAUUAUGUGGAAGGAGAUUAUAAAGAAGCCCUGAACAUUUAUGCCCGGGUGGGCCUCGAUGACUUACCGCUGACAGCCUCCCCUCCUUACAGGUUGCGGGUGAUUGCGGAAGCCUAUGCUACCAAAGGACUUUGUUUAGAGAAGUUGCCUAUUUCAUCUUCUACUAGUAAUCUCCAUGUGGACUGGGAACAGGAUGUCAUCACCUGUUAUGAGAAGGCAGGGGACAUUGCUCUCCUGUACCUCCAAGAGAUAGAAAGGGUAAUACUUACUAAUAUUCAAAACAGAAGCCCUAAACCUGGCCCUGCUCCCCACGAUCAAGAACUAGGUUUUUUCCUAGAAACAGGACUUCAGAGAGCCCAUGUCCUCUAUUUCAAAAAUGGGAACUUGACGAGAGGCGUGGGAAGAUUUAGAGAGAUUCUCAGAGCAGUCGAAACGAGAACAACUCAAAACCUGCGAAUGACAAUAGCCAGGCAACUGGCAGAGAUCUUGUUGCGGGGUAUGUGUGAGCAGAGCUAUUGGAACCCUUUGGAGGAGCCGCCAUGCCAGUCUCCUCUGGAUGAUCCUCUACGGAAAGGAGCCAACACAAAAACCUACACCCUCACUCGGAAAGCCCGUGUCUACUCAGGAGAGAACAUUUUUUGUCCUCAAGAAAAUACUGAAGAAGCCCUGUUGUUAUUGCUAAUCAGUGAAUCAAUGGCUAACCGCGACGCUGUGCUGAGCAGGAUACCUGAGCACAAGAGCGACCGCCUCAUCAGCCUGCAGAGCGCAUCUGUGGUCUAUGACUUACUGACCAUCGCUCUGGGGAGAAGAGGCCAGUACGAGAUGCUGUCAGAGUGCUUAGAAAGAGCCAUGAAGUUUGCCUUUGAGGAGUUCCACCUUUGGUACCAGUUUGCUCUGUCACUGAUGGCGGCUGGAAAAUCUGCCCGUGCCGUGAAGGUGCUGAAAGAGUGUAUCCGUCUGAAGCCCGGUGAUGCCACCAUCCCUCUCCUUGCUGCCAAGCUGUGCAUGGGCUCCCUUCACUGGUUGGAAGAGGCUGAAAAGUUUGCCAAAACUGUCGUUGAUGUGGGAGAGAAAACAUCAGAGUUCAAGGCCAAAGGCUACUUAGCGCUGGGGCUCACAUACAGUCUGCAGGCCACUGACGCUUCUUUGCGAGGGAUGCAGGAGGUCCUACAGAGAAAGGCGCUUCUUGCAUUUCAGAGGGCCCACAGCCUGUCCCCCACAGAUCACCAAGCAGCUUUCUACCUGGCUCUGCAGCUUGCCAUCUCCAGACAGAUACCAGAGGCUCUGGGGUAUGUCCGCCAAGCUCUUCAACUUCAGGGUGAUGAUGUCAACUCCCUGCAUCUCCUGGCCCUCUUGUUGUCAGCGCAAAAGCAUUACCAUGAUGCCCUCAACAUCAUUGACAUGGCCCUGAGCGAAUAUCCAGAGAAUUUUAUACUGCUGUUUUCCAAAGUGAAGCUGGAAUCACUCUGCCGGGGCCCGGAUGAGGCGCUCCUCACCUGUAAGCACAUGCUACAGAUAUGGAAAUCCUGCUACAACCUGACCAACCCCAGUGAUUCUGGACGUGGGAGCAGCCUCUUAGAUAGAACCAUUGCUGACAGACGACAGCUUAAUACAAUUACUUUGCCAGACUUCAGCGAUCCUGAGACAGUGUCAGAGUCCUCCUCCUCUUCUCUUUCAAGAACCGAAUCUCCUCUCCACCUGUUUGUAUCUUCUCAUCUUCAUUCUCAUCCCAAACCCGAAACCUUUGUAUGGCCCCCUGGAGCCCAUUCAUUCCGUGACACAGGUCCCCGCGGCCACCACUGGGAACCCUCUCUCUGCAACUCUCCAGAAGUAUACUUUCAUGGUUUUCCUUCCCUUUUUUCAGUUAGCUCUGUCCACGCCACAUCCAUAGCAGCCUCCAGAGUGGAGCAGGCACUGUCAGAAGUGGCCUCUUCUCUGCAGAGCAGUGCCCCCAAGCAGGGCCCACUACACCCCUGGAUGACGCUGGCCCAGAUCUGGCUCCACGCAGCUGAAGUCUAUAUUGGCAUUGGAAAGCCUGCAGAAGCCACAGCCUGUACCCAAGAAGCUGCAAACCUCUUCCCAAUGUCCCACAAUGUCCUCUACAUGCGUGGCCAGGUUGCUGAGCUCCGAGGAAACAUCGAUGAAGCCCGGCGGUGGUAUGAAGAAGCCUUAUCCAUCAGCCCCACCCAUGUGAAGAGCAUGCAGCGCCUGGCCCUGAUCCUCCACCAGCUAGGCCGCUAUAGCCUGGCAGAGAAGAUCCUUCGGGACGCAGUGCAGGUGAACUCGACAGCCCAUGAGGUCUGGAACGGGCUGGGCGAGGUCCUCCAAGCUCAAGGCAACGAUGCAGCAGCCACUGAGUGCUUCCUGACGGCCUUGGAGCUGGAGGCCAGCAGCCCUGCCGUGCCCUUCACCAUCAUCCCCCGUGUGCUCUGAGCAGGAGCCUGCUGGCCUCCCCUGGGGCUAGGCCUCAGAGGCUUGGUGCCAGACCCCACCCGUCAGCCCAAGGGGACAAAUCUGCCACACUGAGGCCAUGGACGAGCAUUCGAUUAACCACAGUGAACUAACCAAACCAACCCGGAAUCCUCGCUCUCUCCACAUGCAUUUCUGUUGUUGUUUUGGCCAGCCCAAUGAUAGUUUCUGAACCUACUGACAUUGUUCAACAUGGAUUAUGUGCCAUAUUUUGUUAGUUGACAUCUGAGUUUUAAGUAAAAAUGAUUAUGGAAUUAUUCAGCAAAUGUAAAAGAAUAUAUUCAAAGUUAAAAUUCAGUGGCAGAACAGAUUAUUUUUAUCAAAGCUGUAAAGAAAACAAUUGUCCUCCCCUCCCUCCACCACUGCUGCCCACCUUGCCCAGAAACCAAAUGUGAAUCUUCUGUCUCCCACCUCAGUGCUAGUCCGUACCAGGACACCAGCUAACAGUUUCUUGGUUUUAUUGUUAAUAAUUGUACCAUGUGAUGAAUUACUGUCCUCACUUAGAACAAAGCCUGAGUCCAAGACUAUUUAUAUUUUACCAAUAUAUGCCUGUUACAAGAGAAGGAAAUAUGAGUUAUUUAAGUUUAACUUUUUUAUAUGAAUUCAGAGUUUAUUUAUCGAUGGAAAUAUGUAAAAAGAAGCUUCAAAUGGAAUAUUUACCGACAUUCCUUAUACAUGACAGACACUUGGCUACAUGGGAAGAUGAUGUUAAUAAUAAAAUGAUUUUUAAAUGGA